AUGGGGGUGGGGAUGGGGGGAUUUGAGUUGGUAGGUUGGAGGGGGUUUGGGUGGUUGGUUGGUGAGGUGUGGUUGUGGGGGUGGUGGUGGUUUGUGGGUUUAGGUGAGUGGUGGGGGGGUGGGUAUGGUGGGGGUGGGGGGUGGGUUGGGUUGUGUGUUGGGGGGGUGGUGUGGGGGGGGGUUGUUGGGGGGGGGGGGGGUGGGGGGGGGGGUGGGGGGUGGGGUGUGUGGGGGGGGGGGUGUUGGGUUUUGGUUGUUGGGUGGGGGGGGGGUGGGGGGGGUGGUUGGUGGGGGGGGGUGGGUUGGGGGGUAGUAGGGGGGUGGUGGUUCUGUGGUUAUAUUGGUUGGGGGGGGGGGUUGUGGUUGGGGGGGUUUGUGGUGGGGGGGGGGGGGGUGGUUUGUUUGGGGUGUUGGAAUACAUAA